AUGCCCAGCGUGUUUGGCACCCUCUGCGUGGGGCUGUUCUCUUCCCUCCUUGCCGCAAACCCCAUCCUAACGCACGUUCCUCUCUCGUCCCGCGCAGAGGACACCGACAACAGCUCUGAACACGAGAACAGCACAGCUGCAGAGCACAAAUGGCCUUCCUGCAACGCCCAGGAUGAAAUGCUGAACUUGGCCUUCACCAUCGGGUCCUUCCUGCUCAGUGCCAUCACGCUGCCCCUGGGGAUUGUCAUGGACAAGUACGGGCCUCGCAAGCUGCGGCUGCUGGGCAGUGCCUGCUUUGCUGUGUCCUGUGUGCUGAUCGCGUACGGUGCCAGUAACCCAGACUCUCUGUCUGUGCUGAUAUUCAUUGCACUGGCUCUGAAUGGCUUUGGUGGGAUGUGCAUGACCUUCACAUCGCUCACGCUGCCCAACAUGUUUGGUGACCUUCGUUCCACGUUCAUUGCUCUGAUGAUUGGCUCCUAUGCUUCCUCUGCUGUGACUUUUCCAGGAAUCAAGGUUAUAUAUGACUUUGGGGUCUCCUUCAUCCUUAUUCUGCUUGUCUGGGCAAGCUGUGCAGGACUUGUUUUCCUCAACUGUUUCUUCAACUGGCCCCUGGAGCCUUUCCCAGGACCAGAAGACAUGGACUAUUCGGUGAAAAUAAAGUUCAGCUGGCUGGGAUUUGACCACAAGAUCACUGGGAAGCAGUUUUACAAGCAAGUGACGACUGUGGGGCGCCGUCUCAGCGUGGGGAGCUCCAUGAAGGGCCCCAAGGAGCCGGCAGCCUUGCAAGAGAACAACAAGCUCUGCCUGUCCACGGUGGACCUGGAAGUGAAGUGCCAGCCUGACAGUGCAGCUUCUCCCUCCUUCAUGAAGAGUGUCUUCAGCCCUAUCUUGCUGCUCAGCCUUAUCACCAUGUGUGUCACUCAGCUGCGGCUCAUCUUCUACAUGGGAGCCAUGAACACCAUCCUGGAGUUCAUGUCUGGAGACAAAAGUCAAGUGGCUCUCUACACUUCCAUUUUUGGGGUAUUGCAGCUGCUGUGCUUGCUGACAGCGCCUGUGAUCGGGUGCAUCAUGGACUGGAGAAUGAAAGAGUGUGAUGAUGGCUCGGAAGAGAACGAGGAGAGCAACGCUGAGCAAAGUGACAAGAAAAAGAAGAAGCGUGACCGUCAGAUCCAGAAAAUCACCAAUGCCACCAAUGCCUUUGUAUUCACGAAUUUCCUGCUGGUUGGAUUUGGAAUCACCUGUCUCAUUCCUAAUCUACCAUUGCAGAUUCUUUCCUUCAUUUUGCACACAAUCGUGAGAGGGUUCAUCCACUCAGCUGUGGGAGGCCUCUAUGCUGCUGUAUACCCCUCUACUCAGUUUGGCAGCUUGACAGGGUUGCAGUCGUUGAUCAGCGCCCUCUUCGCCCUCCUGCAGCAGCCUCUCUUCAUGGCACUGACGGGACCUUUGAAAGGAGACCCCCUUUGGGUGAAUGUUGGCUUGCUUGGCAUGAGCCUUCUGGGUUUCUGCCUUCCCAUCUACCUGGUCUGCUACAGACGCAGGCUAGAGAGAGAAAAAAAGCAGAAGAUUGAAGAUGCCAAACUUUUCUUCAAAAUCAAUGGCACUCCCACUGAGGAAGCCUUUGUUUAAACUGGUGCUUCACAUACAACCUCCCCUGUACAGGUUCCUACCACAUCCGUGGGUUCUACCUGUGGUGUAAGCCAGGAUUUUCCUCCCCUGGCUCUGCCAGUCUUUGCUCCUCACUGGAGUGAGGGCCGGACAUCGUGACUGAGACUUGCUCAGAUGUAUGGCAGGAGGAGACUUCCUACUCCUUACUCCAAAACACAGGACACUUUCUCUUUUUUUUUUUAAAGGCCACACAGAUAUUGUGUCUUAAAUUAUCCCCUGAUUACACUCUCCAGCAGCAGAGUUUGCAUAGGAAAUUGGGGAGAGAAGGAAUAGAGGGAUGGGAGAAGAGGGAAGACAGGCCAUAGUUUGAGUUUGCAGAUGUAAGGCAGUGCAGUCUGUUUUCUCCCCCUCUUCCCCCAGCCUUAGCUGACACAGUCUCCGAUGCAAGCUGCACUCCCCUCCCUCCCUGAGGCUUCAUAAUGGUCUUUCUGCUUGAUGUGUAGCUGGACCCAGUGGUUUUACUGUCUAUCCAGACAUACCCUAGACUGUUUCUGAGGCAGGGAAGGGGAUCUUAAUCCUUUGUGUACGAGCACAGCUUCAGUGUGUUGCUAAAUGUUGGCUGCUAGCACUGACAGCUCCCAAACCUUUCAUUACUGCAAAUGACACAGACUGUGAGCAAUGGAUCUGCCUUCCAUAAUGAAAAGAAGAGCCUAUAGUGGACUGCUGGUCCUAGACCAAGCCUUCAGAGGCCUGGAAUUCUUCCUUUACCCAGUUCACAAACCACCUGUACGUGUUCUAAACUGUCUGCAGUCCUGGAAUCCUUGAGAUAGGAAUUGGAUCUUGUUUACAGAUGAAGUGCUUUUGAGACUUGUUGCCUUUUGCCUCUUCCCUUUGACAUGACCCUGGGAGGGGAGCAGCAGUGUGUACUCAGUAAAGUGGAGAAGCUUCUUGAA